UGGAAAUAUUUUCAAAGUGUUUACAUAACUUUUCGUGAUAGAAAUCUAGAAAUAGAAUUUUAGUACACCUAGGUCAAAAUCAAAAUUUUAAGUACCAUUAAAAUAAUUAUAUCCAGUGUAGUGAAUAAAACAAGUUCUAGUCAAUAUAUUUAUUUAGAUUAUUAACAAUCUGUAGUAGUUUACGUCCGUGUUUAUCAAAAUUACAAAUUAGAUAACCUCAAAGAAGGGUGUCAAUUACGAUUACGAACUAAGAAUAUUAUGAAAUAACUUAAUUAUCAUUAGUUUCAGUCUUUUACAGUGUUCUUUGUUUACAAAUUCGAACAAGUGUUUAUCGAUCGAACCGAAUCGUCAGUCGCUGACUGCUUUCGCGAGCUGUAGUUCUUUUUGUUACACAAAACAGCUGUUUAAUUUCAAGAAUAAAGCAAGUGCAUCAGUGAUUAAAUAUUUUGUAAUUUAUCGUCAUUAAGUAACAUAUUGUGGCGCGCAAACAAAUUUGUGACGUGUGUAAAGUUGUGUUAUUGAUUAGAAAUGUCACAGAUGAGAUUAAUAUGCCGCGCCCGGCUAUUCGGUAGUAACCAAGCAACGCUGACGGCGUACACUGAGCCGCUUACCUCGUAUCUCAGUGGAAAUUCUAGCAAACGCACAAUGGCCAGCAAAGCUGUGACCCUCGAGAAUAUAAACCCCAAUAUUGUGAAAUUGGAAUAUGCAGUGCGUGGUCCGUUGGUCAUCCGCGCGACGGAAAUCGCCAAAGAACUUGAAAAGGGUGCUCAGAAGCCGUUCAAGCGGGUUAUAAACGCUAACAUUGGCGAUGCCCACGCCAUGGGGCAGACCCCCAUCACCUUUAUUAGACAGGUAUUGGCUUGUGUGUCCAUGCCUGAGCUGAUCGAGAAGAGUAACUACCCAGCAGACGUUAAGCAGCGUGCUACAGAACUAUUGAGCAGUUGUGGCGGUGGUUCAAUGGGAUCCUACACGGCAUCACACGGCAUCGAGAUGAUCAGGCGUCACGUGGCGGAAUACAUUGAGAGACGUGACGGGCACAAAUCCGAUUGGCAGAACAUUGUGCUGACCUCCGGCGCUUCAAACGGCAUCAAGAACUGUCUGCAGCUGUUCUGCAACGACAUUGGUGGGAAACCUUCAGGAGUUAUGGUGCCCAUCCCCCAAUAUCCUCUGUACUCGGCGUCCUUAGCCGAGUACGGUCUUGGCCAAGUGGGCUACUACCUCGACGAGGAAAACCAGUGGGGGCUGGACGUGGACGAGCUGGAGAGGUCCUUGGCCGAGGCCAGCAAGCAGUUCAAUGUGCGGGCCAUAGUCGUCAUCAACCCCGGCAACCCAACUGGACAGGUCCUUACCAGAGACAACAUCGAGGCGAUAAUAAAGUUCGCGAACAAACACAACCUGUUCAUAUUCGCGGACGAGGUGUACCAGGACAACGUUUAUGCGGAAGGUAGCAAGUUCUUCUCGUUCAAGAAGGUGAUGACAGAGAUGGGCCCGCCGUACUCCCAGCGGGAGCUGGCGUCCUUCAUGUCGGUGAGCAAGGGCUACAUGGGGGAGUGUGGUCUCCGCGGCGGCUGGAUGGAACUAUGCAAUGUGCAAGCGGAUGUGCAGGCGCAGCUGUACAAGGCGAUAUCGGCGAUGCUGUGCCCCACCACGCUGGGGCAGACGGCGGUCGAUUGUGUUGCCCGCCCCCCGUUCCCCGGGGAACCCUCCUAUAAUCUAUGGAAAUCGGAACGGGACGCAGUAUUAGCAUCGCUCAACAAACGGGCCAGGAUGAUAGCCGAAACGUUCAACUCCAUGGAGGGAUUCACGUGUAAUAUUGUGCAGGGUGCAAUGUACGCUUUCCCGCGCAUAGAUUUGCCGCCGAAAGCGAUCGAGGCCGCCAAAAAAGAGGGGAAAACGCCCGACACAUUCUACGCGUUCAAACUUCUCGAAGAGACAGGUAUCUGCAUAGUACCGGGAAGCGGUUUCGGCCAGCGUCCCGGGACGUUCCACUUCCGCACGACUAUACUCCCGCAGCCGGCACUGCUCCAGGAAAUGUUGGACAUAUUCCAGAAAUUCCACAAGAAAUUCUCCAGUGAAUACGCUUAGGUAAGUGACGAUUGGCGUUUAUGAUAUUAAAAGUAGAAUUAGUUAUUGAUUUAAUGAUAAUUAUUGAGCGAAUAUUUCGUUUUUGAGUCAAUAAUAAAAUGUGAGCAAUAAAAAGUUUUGAUUUAGUAAGUUAUUUUUUUUUUAACUGUUUAAAGUUGCAGUAAAAGAUAAUGAUUUUGCAAAAAAAAAAUGGUGUCGUGUAACUCAUUUGCAAACAUAAAUGUGAAAAAAGCAAAGGUUCAAUUAUGUUUAAUUUGUUAAAUAAUUUUAGUAUCCGUAUAUUAAAGAUAUGUAUCUGGAAAAAUAAUUGGUUCACUAAGUUAACUUUUUGUUGAAACAAGUACAUACCUACUCUUUUUUUUUAUUUACGUUGCAGAUAAUAAUAAAAUUAUCACGUCUUAUUUAUAAGAUAUUCUUAGUAUAUUUGUUUUAAGUUUAAUUGAAAUUUAUUAAUGAUAUUACGCGAUGCUUCAUUAAAAAUCAAAUGUCGAUAUUUGUAAUUACGUGUUAUUUUUGCUAAAUUGAUUUUUUUUUUAUAACUAUUAUUAAUGAGAUUCUAAGUGAAGGCGAAUUAUAAAUUCACGACUUAAUAAAAUUGAUAUAUAAGACAUUUUAAACUAUACCGCAGUAACUUUCAAUACAAAAACAGCAUUAAUAACCUCAAAAGUCAUUACACUAAUAGCCAUACUCUCCUUAAACAUAAAUUUGUCGCUAAUGGCCACUUAUUUUAAUGAUACUGCUUAAUUUUAUUCCUGGAUUGUGUCCAUAAAAGGAUGGUUAGGAUUGUAUAUCAUUUAUUAUCAAAUUAUUGUACUAUCUAGUCGUGGUAGUGCCAUUUUUUCAAUGUCAUACUAAAUUUAUUUUACUUAAUUUUAAGAAACAAAAAUUAUAACCAAGGUCUUAUCAUCAGGUAUCUUAGUCAAUAAAAAUUGCUUGCUUUAUUAAAAUGUAUCAGUUUGUCAGAUCAGUCUUCGAUUAGAUAAAUUCUUAUAAAAUUAGUCUGUCAACAGUAAAACUACGAACAUAAAAGUUAUUUUUGGAUUUUUAGUUAAACAGUCAAUUGAUUUUGAGUUCUUUUGUAAUGACCAGACGUCAGUAUUUGAAUUGGUAACUAGAAUUUACCAUUUCUGAAAUAGUGAAAUAUCAACAUGGAUUUAAAACCGGCUGAGUUGACUAAUGAGUGAACUAAAAAUAGUCAUAAUUAACAAUACCGUGCGCAAAGGAUUGUAUUUUUUUAUUUUUUUUGAUUUGUGAAAUCAAAUUGUUUAUUUUUAUUUUCACAGCUGCAUUUUUUUAGUUAACUUUUAUUGAAUUAAGAUUUUAAUUUAAGCUUAUUUUCCAUUUUGACAUCUAUCAGGUGCAAAUAGUGUUUUGAACAUAAUUAUGUUUGUAAGUAAAAAUAAAAAAAUAAAAAACCAAAAUAUGUAUUAUUUUAUGCGUUUUAUCUGUUUUCGUUUUUAAAUCGACGUAAAUUGGUUUGUGAAUUCCUUAGGAAUCGAAAGACAUUGUUAUAUAUUUGUUAAAGCAUUGUUGAUAUAAAUUAUUGAAUGAAAA